CCGUCAUCUCCACCGCCGCCUCCUCCUCGUCUCCUCCCUCCCUCCCCGCUCCGGGCAGACAGCGGGCGCAAGAUGGCCGAGUCCACCAAGGGAGUGAGCGCCGGCUUCAUCGCCAAGAACGUCCAGAAGAAGAUCAACCGGGCGCAGGAGAAGGUCCUUCAAAAGUUGGGCAAGGCUGAUGAGACGAAAGAUGAACAAUUUGAGCAGUGCGUGCAGAACUUCAAUCGGCAACUGACUGAGGGAUCUAAACUGCAGAAGGAUCUACGGACGUACCUGACUUCUGUGAAAGCUAUGCAUGAAGCCACCAAGAAGUUGUCUGAAUUGCUGGAGGAGAUAUACGAGCCGGACUGGGUUGGCAAGGAAACAGUGCACAGCAUCUCAGAGAGUGCCGACCUUCUCUGGACCGAUUAUCAUCAGAAGCUGGUGGAUCAAGCUCUUCUGACGUUGGACACUUAUCUUGGCCAGUUUCCAGAUAUCAAAACUCGCAUAGCAAAGCGUGGGAGGAAGCUUGUCGAUUACGAUAGUGCCAGACAUCAUUACGAAUCUCUCCAAGGUGCAAAGAAGAAAGAUGAUGGAAAAAUCGCCAAGCCUGUCUCGUUGUUCGAGAAAGCUGCGCCACAAUGGUGUCAGGGGAAACUGGUGGCACAUAUCGUCGCACAGUCAAAUCUGCUCCGAAACCAGGCAGAAGAAGAAUUUUUAAAAGCCCAGAAGGUAUUUGAGGAAAUUAAUAUCGACUUACAGGAAGAGUUGCCAUCACUAUGGAACAGUCGCGUUGGUUUCUAUGUGAACACAUUCCAAAGUAUAGCUGGUCUGGAGGAGACGUUUCAUAAAGAGAUGGGCAAGCUAAACCAAGGUCUCGGCAAUACAAUGAAUCAAUUGGAGCAACAACAUGUGAACAAAGCCUUGCCAGUCAAGGGUGCACCCAGCACACCUGUGAAGCACAAAGUUUCCGAUGCUUCGCCACCAUUGGAAGAGUCUCCACCUGGUAGUCCCACGGUGAAGAGUGACAACCAUGUGUCUGCGGCUGCAGUGCCCACGCCGCACGCUCCUCCUCCUCCUGUACCAAGGUCGCCCUCCCAGCAAAGGAAAGGUCCUCCAGUGCCCCCUCCUCCAAAGGUCACGCCAUCCAAGGACAUCAAGCAAGAAAAUAUCCUCAAUCUUUUUGAUGACAAUUACAUCCCAGAGAUAAGUGUGACGACGCCUUCUCAGUUUGAGGCUCCUGGGCCUCUGCAGGAUGAAGGAACCCUCCUGGACUUUGAACCUCUGAAGCCAGAAUCUACUCCAGUAGUGAGGGCACCUUCUCCAGUCUCCCAGACUGUACCUUGGGAUAUGUGGGAGCCUGAAAAGAAUGCACCUAACAGCAUGUCUUCGGACCCCUCCCCUAGCAUGGCUAUUGGGGAUGGUUUUAGUGAGAUCACUUUUGCAGUGGACUGGUCGACACAGCCCAGUCUACACGAGGAGAAAACACCAGUCGCUGCUGAAACAGUGGAACCAGAAUACGCCAACACUGAAGUUGUGGAGAAAGCAGCAGAAAUCUGUGCUGGUUCUACUACGUUGGAGGAUGACGCUGAACCAAUAUAUGUAGAUGUGGGACUGAGCUCUGAAACUGAACCUCAAACAGUGACGACUAAGGAUACCGUCCCAGCCGUGGUGAUAGAGCCUUCUGUAGAAAGCAUCAAUGAUGUUCUGUACGAAACUGUCCCUGCAAAGGAGGAUGAUAUGCCACCUGGGUUCCAGUUUAAGGUUCGGGCUCUGCACGAUUACAAUGCGACUGACACUGAUGAGCUGAACCUUAAAGCGGGCGAUGUUGUCUUAGUUAUUCCCCAUGACAACCCAGAAGACCAGGACGACGGCUGGCUCAUGGGCAUCAAGGAAGCUGACUGGGCACAGAAGAAAGAUCUGAAGUCAUUUGCUCGCGUUUUCCCUGAGAACUUCACUGAGAGACUUCAGUAAAAAGCGGGUUGCCCGUGGAGGACCACCGCAGUGCGGGUGAAGGAAGCCCCCACGGAAACCCCCCCCACCCCGCAGCAGAGCAACUAUUUACCCUAAACUCCCCCCUCCAGGAACGCAGAAGUUGUUGCCACUGUGUACAUUAGCGUUCAAUGUUUACUGAAUCUGGUCGCGGAGCUCUCGUCAGUCAGUUCGUACGCCGCUCCUGAGCAGAUCUGGUCGGUCCCUGGAUGUGUCCAGGUCUUAUAACGAAACCGGCAACUUGCUCCCGUUUCACAUUUGUUGCAUGAGAAUUCUAUUGUGAUCAUUUGAGUGUGAAAGAAAGUCAAAUAUAUUUACGUACGAGCUAUCGUUGGAUGCCUAAGUGAAAGGUGGAAGAAAUGAGCCCAUGUUUGUAAAAUAAGUCGUUUUUUUUUCAAAAAGGGGGGUGUGAUGGGUUGGAUGUGAUCUUUGGAUCAUGCGGUCCUCUUCGGCAGUCAGGUCUGACUUGAGGGGAACUCAGUUUGAAACUGAAGCAAGCCAGCUCCUAUGGGUUUUGGUGCUUCUGUGAGUGGAGAGAGAGAGAGGAGGGGAAGCAGCAAAUCGGGAGAAGAUAUUUAACGUAGACUGCCCUGGAUGUUACCCCCCCCACCGUAGUCCGACCCCACUCUCAGUUGUAAUUCUGAGGAUGUGCAGGAAGGAACUGCAGAUGCUGGUUUGCACCGAAGAUAGACACAAAACGCUGGAGUAGCUCAGCGGGACAGGCUGCAUCUCGGGAGAGAACGUUUCGGGUCGUGGCCCUUCUUCAGACUGGGGUGACAUUUCGUGUCGAGACCCUUCUUCACACUGACGAAGUGCCUCGACCCGAAACGCCACCCAUUCCUUCUCUCCAGAGAUGCUGCCUGUCCCCCUGAGUUGCUCCAGAACGUUGUGUCUAUCUUCGUUCCAGCAGUUCAUUAUCCUUAAUCUUCCUUUGCUAGGAGCAGCGAGUUUUCUGAAUUGAAUGAUGGUAAAUGUCUGGGAUGGAUUCUUGAACCAGAGCAAUCCCAUGACCUCCAUUUGUCUAAGCCAGUACGGGUGGGUGAGGGGGGGGGGGGGGGUUGCACGGUGGGAUUAGGGUGGAGAGUUUUGUUACUAAAUCAUCUUCAAACCGGUGCUCCUUGGUCUGACGAGGGGCCGUGAUCCGAAACGUCACCCAUUCCUUCUCUCCAGAGAUGCUGCCUGACCCACUGCGUUACUCCAGCAUUUUGUGUCUACCUUCACCGUGUACCACUUCAGCCAAUUGGCAAAUGCUGGUGCUGGCAGAGCAUGUUCUUGGUGUGUGAUUGUAGGGGUGGGGGUAUGGAUAGUCUGCUGUGAGCUCGGGGCAUUUUGUUAAAUCUGCUCUCUCCUUGUUCCCUUCCCCCCCUCUCACUCUCUGCAGAUGCUCCGUUUGCAGGCUCCACCACUGGCAGAAUGCAUUUAGUGUGUGAUUAUAACUCUACUGCCCAGCCCGACCCAUCCAAACGCACAAUCAACAUCCUCUAACUAAUGAGCACGUUUCAUCCUUGCUGGGUUAGUCACCAAACAGCUGCUGCUGUCUUCCCACUUUGAUACCUGGCCAAGGAACUGAAUUACUGGUUAACAAUCUGCCCGUCCUUGCAUUCAAAGUUACAUUUGCCUUUGGAAUUAAAUCUUCAGCUUUUCGCCCUUUUGCUCCUGUUUGCUCCCCCAAUACCAAUUACACUUCCGUUAAAACAUGGUCUGACAGAAAUCUCUCAGGUGGUCAUUAACUUGGACACCCAGCUACUGAUUUUCAUCCAACAUUGGAGGCCAGUCGGCCCAUUAAGUCGAUGCCAGCUGUGAGCAUUGGCACACCCUCCACUGAGAUUCAUCUGGAAUUCAGCCAUGUCCAUCAACAGCCUGUUACCUCCACCUAAUCUUGGGAUGACUUGGGCAGCGGCGCAGCGGUAGAGUUACUGCCUGACAGCCCAGAGACUCCCGGUUCGAUCCUGACCACGGGUGCGGCCUGUAUGGAGUUUUUACCUUGUCCCCGUGACCUGCCCGGGUUUUCUACGAGAUCUUCAGUUUCCUCCCACACUCCAAAGGUUUGCAGGUUAAUUGGCUUGGUGUAAAUGUAAACAUUGUCCCUAGUGUGUGUAGGAUAAAGUUUUAUGUGCCGGGAUCACUGGUCGGCGCGGACUCGAUGGGCCGAAGGGCCUGUUUCAGCACUGAAUCUCUAAACUAAACUAAACUAAAUAUCUCCAUUUGGAUUUAAUUUUUCAGUUUUUCUUUCUUAUACUCUCAUUCCCUGAUGAUCACGCCCUUAAUACCAAAAACACUUCCAUUAAUAUAUCGUCCUGCAGAAUUUUCUCAAGUGGUCAUUAACAUGGACACUGAGCUACCUAUUUUCAUCCGACAUAGCAGGCCAAUUGGCCCAUUAAGUCGAUGCUAGCUCAGAGCAUUUGCGCAUCUUCCACUGAUUCUUCUGGAAUUCAACCAUGUCCAUUAGCAACCUGGAUCUUCCACCUAGUCUUGGGGUGACGUACAUUAAAACCUGUUAACGUAACACUCAACAUGUCUUUGUGGGGGUGGGGGGGGGGGGGGGUUCUGCAGAGACCCCUGUUGGACUAUGUUGAGGAAUGUGAUCACCAACCCAAUCCCACCUGUUGCUGAAGUUCCUAUCGACACUUUAUCCCAUUCUGGACAACGGAUGUCAGCUGCUCCCCUCUGUCCAACAUGUGCUCCGUGACUGUAGUCUGUGCAGGAAUGAAGUGCAGAUGCUGGUUUAAACCGCAGAUAGACACAAAAACUCAGCGGGUCAGGCAGCAUCUCUGGAGAAAAUGAAUAGGUGACGUUUCGGGUCGAGACCCUCUUUCAGUCUGAGAGUCGGGAAGGGGGGGGGGGGGGAAGGGAAAUGAGAGAUAGGCGGUGCUAUAGAGAGAUGAGGAACAAAUGAAUGAAUUAUGUGCAAAGAUAUAACAAAGAAACAUCACCGAUUCCUUUUCUCCAGAGGUGCUGUCUGACCCGCUGAGCUACUCCAGCUUUUUGUCUCUACCUCUGUAAAUGCAGACCUGCCUGAUCAUUGAGUUAAGAUGUUGAUCAUCUUUUAGUUUUUUGUUUUCUCAUGCUGGUCAACCCUGUGGAUCUCUCGAUGAAGCAGUAUUUUAAGUCCUAAAUUAUGCAGCCAUUUAUUACGCUUGAGUUGUUACAAUCAAAUGGUUCUGUUCGAUCUAGCUAGCCACGUGUCUACUGUGUAUUUGUUCAGUGUGAGCCAUUGAUGCUGCCUGUGACCUUCUCCGAUGGUUCCACUGCAACCACUUUGAAAGUUGUUUCAGUGUUCAUUGUAUUUAUCUGAAGAAUGACGGCAAAUAUCGUGGCACCGCUGGUAACUUGUUUCAUGGUGGCCUAUUCUUUGUGGCGUUCUGAACCCCUGAAAUCACUGGCAAUGUUGUCUUUUGUUCAUUUUUGAAAUGCACUGUUCAUUACUCAACUACCAGGUAAUAAAAUCUGUCUUCUGGUUA